CACAAUGCACAUGUGAUAUCUGAAUGAAACAGGCGUUGAGUUGCAGCAGAGGUUUGAUUAUCAGUGGACAGAAUGGACGGGAAAGUUAAGAAACAGAAGCAGCAUCAGCAGAAGCACAGUGGACCAAAGGCAGAGAAGAAGAAGGCUAAGAAGCAGGGAGGGCCAGCGGAGGAGGAUGCACGGAAACGCAACCCUAAAGCAUUUGCGGUUCAGUCCGCUGCCCGAAUGGCCAAAACCUUCCACAGGGCCCAGGACAUAAAAACCAAAAAACACCACAUCCCUCUUGUAGACCGGACACCCCUGAAACCUCCUCCAGUUGUGAUUGUGGUUGUCGGGCCACCCAAGGUGGGAAAAAGCACCCUGAUCCGCUGCCUGAUCAAAAACUUCACACGGCAGAAGCUUGGGGACAUAUGUGGACCUGUAACCAUCGUCUCUGGCAAGAAGCAUCGCUUGACUUUCGUGGAGUGUAACAACGACAUAAACACAAUGAUAGAUCUUGCCAAGGUUGCUGAUCUGGUUUUGAUGUUGAUUGAUGCGAGCUUUGGCUUUGAGAUGGAGACGUUUGAGUUUCUCAACAUCUGUCAGGUUCACGGCUUCCCUCGUAUCAUGGGUGUACUAACUCACCUGGAUUCAUUCAAGAACAAUAAGACACUGAGGAAGACAAAAAAAAACCUCAAGCAUCGCUUCUGGACAGAGGUGUACCAGGGGGCAAAGCUGUUCUAUCUGUCUGGUAUGGUGUACGGUGAAUAUCAGACCCAGGAAGUGAAGAACCUUGGGCGCUUCAUCUCUGUGAUGAAGUUUCGUCCUCUGGUGUGGCAGACGUCCCACCCUUAUGUGCUGUACGUUGUUCUUGCCCUGCUACAGGAGGAGGUGCGGCCCACCACAGAGCUGGUCCAGUCUCUUAUUGACACACAUGCCACCCUGGAUGCCAAGAUGGCUGCCAGUAAGGUGUCUCUGUUCAGCGACUCUGCAACCCUGGACCCGACAGACAUCCACGAGCAGAGCAGGGAACAGGAGGGACUUCGAGAGAAGUCUGUUUGGGAUCCCGAGACCCAGAGAGAGAGGAGGAAGGUCAUCUUCACUGAGGGGGACGAGGAGGAUGAGGGGGAUGAGGAUGAGGAUGUCAGUGGAUCUAGCGAUGAUGAGGCUGAUGAAAGUGAAGAUGAGGAAGAUAACAAUGAGGAAAACUUGUCCACAUUUCUUAAAGAGGCAAGACUUAAAUCCACAAAAGCCACAGCAGGUGGAGCUCCGCCAUUGAAGAAACAGAAGCUGGGAGAGAAGGAAGGAGAGGGGGGAGACGUGGAGGAGGAGCUGGCGUAUGCAGACAGUGAAGACGAGCUGGAGAAUAGCUCAGAGGAGAGUGAAUCAGAGGGGGAGACUGGGAGAGCACGAGACUCCGGACACUGUUCUGAAGAAGAGGAGGGAGAAAGUGAUGAUGAAGAGGAGGAAGAUGACGAAGAAGAUUCUGAUGAUGAGUCAGUGGAAGAGGAGGGGAGUGCAGCUGAUGGCAUGGUCAACAAAUUAACAGCAAGUGAGAGUGAAGAAGAAGCAGAACAGGGAGCUCUGAGGUGGAAGGAGGGUCUGCAACAGAAAGCAUCAGAAGCAUUUCUACGGCAUCAAGAAGCUGCCCCCAAUCUGAGAAAACUGGUUUAUGGUUCAGUCGUCGAGGCAGAUGAUUCUGAGGAUGAGGAGGAGGAGCUGGGAGGCCUGUUUCGAGUCAGCCGUCCUCAGAAGAGCAAAAAGUUUCAGGCCAAUGCUCGGGACAGCUCCUGUUUCUACCCCGACGCCUCCCACAACUGGGACUUGGAAGAGAUGCUGAACUCGAUCAGGGAUUGCUUUGUAACUGGAAAGUGGGAGGAAGGUCAAGAUGCAGCCACGCUGCUGAAGGAGGACGAGGAGCUUUAUGGUGACUUUGAAGAUCUGGAAACAGGAGAAGUCCACAAGGGCCAAACUGGACAGCAGGAUGAGGCUGAGAAUAGUGAGAGCGAUGACGACAAUGAUGAUGAAGGUGAGGAGAGCCUGGUGAAGGUGGACGAUGAUGAGGUCCAGAAGAACAAACGUUUGGAGAAGAAACGCAGGCUAAAAGAGCGAUUUGAUGCAGAGUACGAUGACGACGACGCCACUUACUUUGAUGACUUGAAGGAGGAGAUGCAGAAGCAGGCUGAG